AUGUGCUUGAUUUGGGAGGAAAUUAGAUGGAAGAGAACCGUGAUCCUCUUGAGUUUGACGUACACCGUUGCCUGGCUGGUCAUGGCCUCAAUGUGGUGGGGCAUCGCCUACCUGCGAGGUGACCUGCACCGGGCACAUGACGACGCCUACAGUCCGUGCGUGGCCAACGUGUACAACUUCCCCUCCGCCUUCCUCUUCUUCAUUGAGACUGAGGCCACCAUUGGCUAUGGGCACCGCUACAUUACUGAGCGCUGCCCCGAGGGCAUCGUGCUCUUCCUCUUCCAGUCACUGCUGGGCUCCAUCGUUGAUGCCUUCCUCAUCGGCUGCAUGUUCAUUAAGAUGUCCCAGCCCAAGAAGCGAGCCGAGACCCUAAUGUUCAGCCAUGCUGCAGUCGUCUCGCAGCGGGAUGGCAAGCUCUGCCUCAUGUUCCGUGUCGGCAACCUCCGCAACAGCCACAUGGUGUCUGCCCAGAUCCGCUGCAAGCUGAUCAAGUCCCGACAGACACCGGAGGGAGAAUUUCUGCCGCUAGACCAGUGUGAACUGGAUGUUGGAUUUGGAACUGGAGCUGACCAGCUGUUUUUAGUUUCCCCAUUAACUAUCUGUCAUGAAAUUAACUCAAAGAGCCCCUUUUUUUGUCUCUCGCAAAGAUCGCUCAGAAGUGAGCAAUUUGAAAUAGUUGUCAUCCUUGAAGGAAUCGUUGAGACUACCGGAAUGACAUGUCAAGCUAGGACCUCGUAUACAGAAGAUGAAGUUCUUUGGGGUCACAGAUUCCUCCCGGUAAUGUCCCUAGAAGAUGGCUUUUUCCGUGUUGAUUAUUCUCAGUUUCAUGCUACAUUUGAAGUCCCCACUCCUCCUUACAGUGUUAAAGAGCAAGAAGAAAACCGGUCCCUAUCAUCACUUUUGAAUAGUCCUGUUGAUAAUAACAAAACCAGAAGAGAUCAGAUUUGUCCACUUGACUGUAUUGAUAUUGCAGGAGAGAAGAACAAGCGCCCUUUUAAACUUCAGAAGAUUAGCUCAAGAAAGGAAGACCUUCCAAGAAGAGCCCUGAGAAUGAGUUCCGGUAACACAGAGAAGACUUGCAGUACCGGAGAUCUCUUGAAAAUUCAGGAAAUAAGUCCCAUCUGUGACGGUGAAGACAGUGAUGACCAGAUACAGCUGAAAGCUUUAAAAAUCAAUGUCGGGGCUUUGACUCAGUCUACUGGCGGUCUCGACUUACAGAAGAAUCCUCCAAGUAUGUGAGCUCUCGAGAUGAAAAUGGAAGAUAAUUUUCUUACAAAACUUCGAAAAAUGAACUCUGAUAGCCUCUCUUAA